AUCUUGUUAUGUGUGAUUUCUCUGCAGAAGCAAGGGCCCUAUAUAAUACGUUGCAGCAGAAAUAACUAAGAUCGAAAACAAAGAGUGAGAAUGCAGGAGGAAGAUAAGGCCGAGGGAGUCAUAGUGGUCGGAGCAGGCCCCUCAGGCCUUUCCGCCGCCGCAUGUUUAAGGAAGCAAUCAAUUCCGUUCAUAAUCAUUGAGAGAGAAGACUGUUUCGCUUCUCUAUGGAAGAAAUACUCUUACGACCGUCUCCACCUCCACCUCAGAAAGCAGUUCUGCCAGCUUCCCCACAAGCCAUUUCCACCCACUUUCCCUUCCUACGUUCCCAAGAACCAGUUCCUAGAGUACCUCGACGACUACGUCUCCCACUUCGCCAUCGCGCCGCUCUAUCGGAGGACGGUGGAGCUGGCCCAGUACGACGACGCCCGCCGCUGCUGGAGGGUGGAGGCCAGGAAUGGGGAAUCCGGCGAGGUGGAGAAGUACUGCGGGAGAUUCCUGGUGGUGGCUACUGGGGAAACUAGCGACCCCUUUGUGCCGGCCGUGGAAGGGUUGAGUAGUUUCCCUGGAAAGGUGAUUCAUUCCACUAAGUUCAAGUCAGGGAAGGAGUUCAAAGACGAGCAUGUUCUUGUUGUUGGGUCUGGGAAUUCCGGCAUGGAAAUCGCUUUGGACCUUGUCAACCAUGGUGCCAAAACCUCCAUUCUUGUUCGAAGCCCGGAACAGGUUCAUUUUCUAUCAAGGGGAAUGGUAAGUUUAGGGUUGUUUCUGCUCAAGUAUUUGUCGUUGAGCAGUGUGGACUUGUUGAUGGUGAUUCUCAGCACCAUGGUUUACGGUGAUGUGACUAAAUAUGGGGUUAGAAGACCCACUGAAGGACCCUUUUCCAUGAAGAACAAUCAUGGAAAAUAUCCAAUUAUUGACGUUGGAACCUACGACAAGAUAAAAUCUCAUGAAUUAAAGGUUUUGGGAGCAGAAAUAGAAAGCGUAAGAGGCAAGGAUGUCCUAUUCAAGAAUGGAGAGUUACACCCAUUUGACUCCAUUGUUUUCUGCACAGGCUUCAAGAGAUCAACCAACAAGUGGCUCAAGGGUGAUGAUUACCUUCUGAAUGAUGAUGGUCUUCCAAAGCCAAAAUACCCCAGCCAUUGGAAGGGAAAUAAUGGUUUAUACUGUGUUGGCCUAUCAAGAAGAGGUUUCUAUGGAGCUGCUGCAGAUGCUGAAAAUAUAGCGAAUGAUAUAAGCUUCUUCAUGCAACAACCCUGAGAAUAAGCUAUAUCCAGCAAUAAAGUUUCCCUGUAUCAUGUUUUUCAGACAUAAUUAUUGCAGAACAUCAUGAUUUGGAACAUUGUCGUUGUAAUUGUUUAGUUCCCAUUGGUCUUCGACAGGGACAUCAGUAUCAUCUGCAAAUAAUAAUAACACUCUUCACUCUGCAUUUUCUUAUAUUAUUAUUCAUCUCAAUG